AUGCAGCUGAUUGUAAAAUCUGUGCAAGCACAUGGACAGUACUGUCCCUCUUACGUGGCGCAAGUCCCCGGUUACGCCGGAUGCAGUUGCUGCUCUCCUCCGGUAACCCUGCAGGCUCCUGCAGCGCCCCCCAUCUACGUGUCGCUGCCCGCACCCCCGCCGCUCUACGUCACUCCCCCCGCGGCGCCGGCUAUGGUCAUCGAGCUUCCCCUGCCGCCGCCUAUCACCGUGACGCCCCCGGCCAGUCCCCCGCUGUGUGUCCGGCCGCCGACGCCGCCCCCGCUCACGAUAACUCCGCCGGCCCUGCCACCGAUCACCGUGAACCCUCCGCCGCUGCCGCCCAUGUGCGUGACGCCGCCGCAGCAGCCUCCCAUGAUGGUGAGCCCGCCCGUUCCUCCGCCGAUGUACCUGGAGCUCCCGCUGCCGCCCGCGAUCGUGAUCGAGCUGCCCGCGCCUCCGCCGAUCGUAGUGCAGCCCCCUCCGCUGCCCCCGGUCAUGGUACAGCCGCCACCUCUGCCGCCGAUGCCGGUGCAACCGCCACCUCCACCCCCAAUGAUGGUGACACCGCCCGCGCCGCCCCCGCUCUGUAUCCAACCCCCGCAGCCCACCCCCAUCACAGUGCAGCCGCCAUGCCUGGAGCCCAUCUACCUGCAGCCCCCACCUCCUGUCCCUAUCAGUAUCCAGCCGCCGCCGUUGCCCCCGAUCCGCGUCCAGCCGCCGCCCCCGCCUCCGAUGUGCAUCCAGCCGCCCCCGCUAGAGCCGUUCUGUUUACAGCCGCCCCCUCCAUCCCCCAUCUGCUUCCAGACGGGCCCCCCCGCGGCCCCGUGCUGCGGCGCCCCGACACCCUGCAGCUGUGGGCUGCCAUCGACAGCGCAGCCAACACCGAUAUAUUUAUAA